UGAAAAUUUGAACAAAAAAGUGCUAUUUUUUAAAAAUAUUAAAUUCUGGCUGAUACAUCAAUUUAUUUGGAACUGAUUAGCAGAAUCAUAAAUCACAAAGAUACAGACUUUUCGGGAAAAAUGACAGCUCCAGUUUUAUUAAGCCAUUUAAAAGGAAACAGAAAUACAGUAACAUCCAUUGUUUUCAAUGAUAAUGAGCAGUUUGCAGCAGCGUCUCUUGAUAAAACAAUAGGGAUUUAUUCACUUAAAAAUAAAAACUUGAGAUGUCUUCGAUUUGAAAUGCCAUUUGAGGUCUAUGAUAUGGAUUGGAGCGUAAAGAAUAUAUUUGCAGCUGUUGGAAAUAGCAAGAUUGCCAAUGUUUGUGAAGCUGUUCUACAUAAAGGAUAUGCUGAACAAAUUGUUGCUCAUCAAAAUUCAAUCCGUAGUGUUCAUUUUUCGACUUCAGGCAACCGAAUAAUAACUGGAAGUGACGAUAAAUGUAUAAAAAUGUUUAGGCUUUCUCAUCGAAAUUUCAUAUCUUCAUUUACUGGACACACGAACUGGAUUCACUGUGUAAGAUUCUCACCAAACAAUAAGAUGAUUGCAAGUUGUGCUGAAGAUAAGACAAUGAAGGUAUUUGAUGUUCAAAGUGGACAGCUAAUUCAUAGCUUUAAGGAUGAAAAGGGAUUUGGGAAUCAACUAGUAUGGCACAAGGACAAUAAUACAAUCGCAAUAGCACAAGAAAAUCAUCGUUUAAAAAUUUAUGACUUGAAGCAACGAAAGCUGAUUCAAUAUUAUCGGAUCUAUGACUGUGCUGUUAAUUCUCUAGACUUUCAUCCAUCUGGAUAUUUCAUGAUUACUGGUGAUAAUAAAGGAUCAACUAAAAUUCUGGAUUUAUUAGAAGGAAGAGAUAUUUAUACGAUUUAUGGUCAUCAAGAUGCUGUUACUGCUGUUAAAUUCAACAAGGAUGGUGAAUAUUUCGUUACAGGAUCAAAAGAUAAGCAUUUAAUGGUAUUUAAGUCAAAUAUUGAUGCAAUUGACUUUAAUGACUCGGAAAAUUCUAUUGAAGAAAUCACAAAUCCAGAUCAUAUUGAUAAUAAAGAGAAUCAAAAGGACGAUAAGAAGUCAAUCAUUGUUGAUUCAAGGAAGUCUGUCCAUUACAAUUACUUAAAUAAUGAUUCGGUUAAUGUCUAAUAUUAUUUUAUAA